AUGAUUAAAGACAAUCAACACUUCCGGACAUUAUCUCAAACAUUGGAUCAAUUGAAUGAGCAGAAGAGCACACGUGUUAACAACAAUGGUAUUACCAUUGAAUCUGAUUUGCGUCUUAAGAGUCCAUCGAAACAAUUGAAGCGAAAAAUAAAACCUCAAAAACAAGAAGUGAUACAAACUUUCAAUGAUAUCAAUACACACACAGACAUUGGUAACGAAGACUUGGAUCAAGAUAUCGAUGAAUCAGAUGAUAAUAUUGUGGGCACAGAGACUGUCAAAGAGGAAGCGGUGAUCAAAACGGAUUCAAAUCAAUCACUCUAUGAAUUGUUGCGACAAAAUAAGUCCGAAAGAGAGAAAUGUUUUAAUUUAACCACAAAUGCAUUCAUUUGUCCCAUAAAUGAGUGCCAAAAGAGUUUUAGAAAUGACGACACAUUUUACAGACACUUAUGUGAUGUUCACACAAACCGUCACUUUAAGUGUGGAUUCAAAGGAUGUGAUAAAGUAUUUAAGAAGUUGUCUACUCUUAAGAUACACGCCUUUACUCAUGAGAACCGACGGAUCAGAUAUCGGUGUGAAUAUAAAGACUAUGGAAAAACAUUUUUGAAUAGAUAUGGUCUGAAGAGACACGCUAUGACACACAUCACUCAAAGCACUUCCACACCAAUUGUCAAGAAGUUUAAGUGUCAUUACAGCGAAUGCCAGAAGAGAUUCGCGAGAAAAGAAACUUUAAACGUGCAUUUGGAGAGACAUUCAUCUGUGAGGCCCUAUAGGUGUGACUGCAUUGGGUGCGAGAAGUGCUUUAAGACAUCAACUGAUCUCAAGAACCAUUCAUUACUACACCAAAGCGGUCCCACUCUUAGGUGCGAUAUCGAUGGAUGUGUUGAUAUGUUUUACACCGAAUACCACCGAAGCCUUCAUCACAAGUCUGUUCACAAUUUGUGUUCAAAAAAGUCUGGUAUUUGUGCUGAAGAUGUGAAACAAGACGUCACCGAAGAUUCGGAUGAGAAUUGUAUCGAAACUAUGAAUUCAAACAAUUCAUUGCGGAAUCUAUUGACGAGUAAUCGCACGGAAAGAGAGAAAUGUUUUGAUUUGAAUACAAAGACAUUUAAAUGUCCGCUAAAUGAAUGUAAGAGUAGUUUUGCAUCAAAUAAACACUUUUACGCGCAUUUGCUUUAUGUUCAUCCGAUUCAGACAUUUGUGUGCGAAUACAAGGAUUGCAAAAAAUAUAAUGGCUGCACUUUUGAAGCGCUAACAAAUACAUUAUUGAACAGACAUUUGGAGACCCACUCAACUGACAGACCAUUAUUUACAUGUGAUGUCAUUGACUGCGGGAAGACAUACAAGACAUCUGUUGGUCUUUUAACACAUUCGCGGACACAUGUAAGCCGACCGACACUGAAGUGUGGUAUCAAUAGAUGCAAUGAUAUGUUUACGACUGAACACCAAAGACGCAAACAUCAGACCGAAGUCCAUAAUCGGGCGCCACUUAUUCGCCGAAUAAUCAUCCAUCGGUGCGAUUGGCCGGGAUGUGAGUGGAGCGGCAAGAAUAAGAAAGACCAUAAACGUCUACAUUCGGGUGAAAAGCCAUUUCCGUGUUUAUGGCCCGACUGUGGCAAACAGUUCCGAAAGAAUAGGAAUUUAAAAGACAAUCAACACUUCCGGACAUUAUCUCAACGGUUGGAUCAAUUGAAUGAGCAGAAGAGCACACGUGUUGACGACAAUUAUAUUAUCAUUGAAUCUGAUUCGCGACUUAAGAGUCCAUCGAAACAAUUGAAGCGAAGAAGAAAACCUCGAAAACAAGAAGUGAUACAAACUUUCAAUGAUAUCAAUACACACACAGACAUCGGUAACGAAGACUUGGAUCAAGAUAUUGAUGAAUCAAAUGAUAACAUUGUGAACAGAGAGACUGUCAAAGAGGAAGCGGUGAUCAAAACGGAUUCAAAUCAAUCACUCUAUGAAUUGUUGCGACAAAAUAAGUCAGAAAGAGAGAAAUGUUUUGAUUUCAAUACAAAUGUAUUCAUUUGUCCGAUAAAUGAGUGCCAAAAGAGUUUUAGAAACGACGACAACUUUUACAGACACUUAUGUGAUGUCCACACAAACCGUCACUUCAAGUGUGGAUUCAAAGGAUGUGAUAAAGCAUUUAAGAAGUCGUCUACUCUUAAGAUACACGCCAUCACUCAUGAGAACCGACGGAUCAGAUAUCGGUGUGAAUACAAAGACUGUGGCAAAACAUUUUUAAAUAGAUGGGGUCUGAAGAAACAUUUUAUGAAACACAUCACUCAAAGCACUUCCACACCAAUUGUCAAGAAGUUUAAGUGUCAUUACAAUGACUGCGAGUGGAGAUUUGCCACAAGAGGACAAUUAAAAGCACAUAUUGCAAGACAUUCAUCUGAGAGGCUUUAUAAGUGUGACUUCAUUGGGUGCGGGAAGUGCUUUAAGGGAUCAAAUGAUCUCAGGAACCAUUCAUUACUACACCAAACGGGUCCCACUCUUAGCUGUGAUAUCGACGGAUGUGUUGAUAUGUUUUACACCGAAUACCACCUAAGCCUUCAUCACAAACAUUUGGCGAUUCAUUCAGCGGACAGACCAUUGUUUAGAUGCGAUGUCAUUGACUGCGGGAAGGCAUACAAGACAUCUGUUGGUCUUUUAAUACAUUCGCGAAGACAUGAAAGCCGACCGAAACUGAAAUGUGGAAUCGAUGGAUGCAGUGAUAUGUUUACGACUGAACACUACAAACGCAAACAUCAGACAGAAGUCCACAAUCGAGCGCCACUUAUUCACCGCAAAAUCAUCCAUCGGUGCGAUUGGCCGGGAUGUGAGUGGACGGGCGAUCAUUUGAAAGCUCAUAAACGGUUACAUUCGGGUGAAAAGCCAUACCAGUGCUUAUGGCCCGACUGUGGCAAACGGUUCCGAAUGAAUAAGAAUUUAAGUGAUCACAUGAAUGUCCACAACAAUGUUAAGCCCUAUGCGUGUCAUUGGCCCGGAUGUACAUAUGGGGCCACUAAUAGUGGUAAUCUCUUUUAA